AUGACAGGGCGAUCGAGUAUCUCUCAACCACCAGCCACGGACUCAACACCUCUGCUCUCCUCUCAUGCAGCAUCACAGCGGUUUUCAGUCUUCACAAAUGGACAGAAACGCCUCAUCAUUCUUGCAGCUGCUCUAGCCUCGAGCUUCUCACCUUUCUCGGCCAACAUCUACUAUCCCUCUCUCAAUUCCAUCGCGGCAGAUCUACAUGUCACGAGUUCUCAGAUCAACCUGACAAUUACUACCUACAUGAUAUGUCAAGGCCUCGCUCCCUCCUUCAUGAGUUCCUUCGCGGACCAAGCCGGCCGACGCCCAGCAUACAUCGUCUGCUUUGUCAUCUACAUCAUCGGCAACAUUGCCCUCGCGCUCCAACACAACUAUAUCGCUCUUCUAGCCCUCCGCGCCGUACAGAGCUGUGGAAGCAGCGGCACUGUCGCACUCGCCUCUGCCGUGGCAGCGGACGUCAUCACAUCUGCCGAGCGAGGCAUGUACAUGGGGAUCACCUCGCUUGGCAAUAUCCUCGCUCCAUCCCUAGGCCCAAUUCUAGGCGGUUUCCUGAGUCAGUACCUAGGCUGGCAGGCUAUAUUCUGGCUUCUUGCCUUCGCCGCAGUAACCUUCUUCAUACCACUAGUCAUCUUCUUUCCGGAGACUUGUCGCACGAUUGUCGGAGACGGGUCAAUCCCAGCUACAGGAUGGAAUCAGUCAGUCUGGAACCGGUGGCACAAACAACAGACCAUUGCUACUUCCAACUCUGACCCCGAAGGCACCCGAGACACCUGCCGCGACUCCCAUCCACGGCUUCAAAAAACAAACAUCGCCAUCCCAAAUCCCCUGUCCACCAUCAGCCUCCUCUUCCAACUCCCCACAGGCCCCCUCGUCCUUGCCAACGGCAUAGUCUUCGCAAGCUACUACUCCGUCACAGCCGGCAUUCCCUCCCAAUUCAAAGCAACCUACGGACUAAGCGACUUAGGCAUCGGCCUCAGCUUCAUUCCAGCAGGCCUAGGUUCCCUCCUCAGCGCAACCUUGAACGGCCUAAUCGUUGACUGGAACUACAUCCGCCUCCGUCGCAAAACAGGCGACAUCAUCUCUAAAGACCAGAAGCAAGACCAUGGUGCAUUUCCCAUCGAGAGGACACGGUUGCAGAUCGGGCUUCCUAUGACGGUACGUUGCGUUGCACCUUCUGACCUCCUAUACUUCACCAGGGUUGUAGUCGCAGCAGCACUUUCAGUUGCCUGGUACGGCGCACUGAUAGAAAGCAAACCCCCACUGAACAUUGCGCUGGCCCUUGUGCUCCUCAUCUCAUUCUGCAUCACGGCUGCAUACAACGUGAUGAACGUCCUCAUCGUGGAUCUGUACUACACCACGCCGGCGACCGCCAUGGCGGCCAAUAACCUCGUGCGAUGCUUCCUGGGCGCAGCCGCCACGGCCGUCAUCCACCCGAUGAUACUAAAAUGGGGUAAUCGGACUACGUACUUGGCUGUGGCGGGAGCGAUGUUGAGUGUGAGUCCGUUGCUGGGGAUGGUCUAUUGGAAAGGACUGGUAUGGAGACGCAGGAGGAUUGCAGGAAUUGCAAUUGCUGGAUGA